CUGCGAGGUACCUCCUAAGCUUUCAGGAACUUCUUGGCGCACACUGAAGCUACGACUAGACAAGAGUUGUUAUUUUUCACUUAGCAUUUGCUGUGGAUAAAUGCGUUUUAACUUUGACGUUCCCCGUGGGAUCCCUGAAGUGUUCAGAUAGUCUUACAAGGGGAUGGGCGCUGGGGCGAAUGGAAUGUUGACCCUGAUUGAGAGACAUUGUAACAACUUCGUGACCAGCAGCGGGUAAUUUCUUAGCGUCGGACUGCUACUCUGAAACUGCUAUUAUUACAGUAAUUAUUGUAUCCUUUAAGCAGGAGUGCACUCUCUCCACGUGCAGUCUAUAGAUUUGGCUCGAGAGAAACGCAAAGAACAUUCUGUGACAUAUACCCAGAUGGUUUCGUGUAGGAUGUGAGUGCUGUAUUCCAUGUGAAAGCAUUAUGGUGGUUCCUCGUCUACCAUUUAUUUGGGAAGUGAUCUGGUUGUGACAGGAGCGUUAUGCAAAAGGGAAUUGGUCAACCUGUGUGGAGGCAGCUCUCCCAGACCAAAGCAGCACCAUUGGAGCGAUACAAGCAUGGCUGUUGUAUCUGCGAGGGAUACGUGUAUCUUUAUGGUGGUCGGAGACAAACUGGAAUGAAGGAUUUUUGGAGGUACAACAUUGCUCUGAAUGACUGGGAGGAGUUGGACAGGGCAGCUGGAACUGCACCAGAAGAAUUGGAGGAGCCCUCGCUGGUAGCCCACGAAGGAAUGAUCUAUGUGUUUGGCGGAAUGGUGGACUCUGCAUAUACUCAAGGGAAAACACCUCUCUGGAUCUACAAUAUUGAUGGUGAGAGAUGGACUUGGUGGCACCAGACAUUUUCUAGUGAAAUCACGAAACAGGUACCCAAAAAUAGGAAGGGACACACUGCUGUGGUGUUUGAGGCACAGAUGUAUGUAUAUGGCGGUUACGUUGAUAUCAAGGGACCCUCGCAGGAGUUCUGGAGCUUCAGCUUUGAUGCCAAAGAUUGGUGCCCAGUAUUUACCCCUUGUGGAGAUGUGGGCCCAGGGCCUCGGUACAGUCACUCUGCCGCUGUCUACAGGAGAGGAAUGUACUUGUUUGGUGGAUUGGUUGGCCUCGUCGAACAGAAUGACUUUUGGAAGUGGGACUUCAGCAGUUGCGUAUGGUCUAAGAUCAGAGCACGCUCUGGGCCUCAUCAGUUGGUGGGUCAUUCUGCUGUUGUAUACCAGGACAACAUGUUAAUCUUUGGUGGAGGAAGGAACCACAACAGCUCUGCCAACAGCCUGUGGAAAUUCCAACUAAAUGCACAGACCUGGGAGAGAUUAAACCCAGCGACAGACACAAGCCCGCCUCCAAAAAUCUAUCACUGUACCAUUGGAGUUGGUCCUAGCUUCCAGGAGAAACCUGUUGAUGAAAUCUCCUACACAGCAUCAACACCAAGCUUCAUCUGCCAGGAUAGUAGCAUCAGCCUGCACGAUGCAUGCAAUGGGGAUCCCCUAAAAGGGGCCUGCUGCUUGAAUUUUUCCACUCAGGCACCAGGUUACUGCAGCCCAACAGCAAUAAAGCUCAGAGGGAAAAACAUGUAUUCAAACAUUGAGAUGAAAACAUUUAGUAUGCGGUCUUCCGAAAGCAGUGAGAACCUUCUGAGUCUGGCUGCAUUGGAUCCCACUGCUCCCGAGGGUGAAUGGCAAUGGAAUAACAGGCACAGCUUUCCAAUCCAGCCCAAGGAGCUGCCUCCUGCAGAUGGUAGCACUCAGGAGUAUUGUAAUGACAGCACUUCAGAAGAAUCCAGGAUUCCCUGCCUUGACCAAGCCUCCGUGACACUCCACACAAGCGAUAGUCACCCAGAAGUUCUCUUGAUUAUGCUGCCAGACCUGCAGAGCUUUUCCAGCAACUUUGUUUUUGUUCCUGAUUUACAACAUCUGCAGUUCUCUAGGUUUUCAAAAUCAAAACAUUGUUGGCAUUUGUACCCCUUUUGUUUUAACAAAUACACUUUGGUCAUCAAUCACUUAGUAAAUUGUCUCACCCCAAAAGAGGGAAGAAAGUUGCUGUAGGAAGUAGCCUUAAACCAUUACUCAACAUUGGGAGUCCUCAUCACAACCAGAAAGUUAGCACUUUGUGACAGACCUGCGCAUGUGUGGUUGGGAGGAGGGGUGGUGGACAGUGUGUAAAGGUGUUGAUAGGAACAGAAGCCAUUCAGCCUCUCAAGCCUGUUCUGACAUUUUAAUAACUCCAUAUACCUGCCUUUGACUCCCUACAUCCCUUAACAAAAAUUUGUUUCUCAGAUUUAAAAUUAACAUUUGAUCUGGCAUCCACUGCCAUUUGGGGAAGAGAGUUCCAAACCUCAGCAUGUAGAAGGGCUUCUUAACAUCUCUCCUGAACGGUCUAGCCCUAUUGCUCAGACUAGGGCCCCUAGCUGUAGAAUCCCCAACCAAUGGAAAUAUUUAAUCUUUAUCUACCUUUUCUUGUUAAUAUUUUGAAGACUUUUAUCAGAUCACCUUUGUAGAUUCUAGAUAAAGCUGGCCUAAUUUGUCUAAUCUCCCCUCCAACUUAACCCCUGAAGUUCCUGGCAUUAUUCCUGCAAGUCUAUGCGUACUCCCUCCAAGGUCAAUACAUUCUUCCUGAGGUGUGGUGUCCAGAUCUGCUCAGAAUACUGAUAAACGAUGUGAAGUGAGCAGUGUGGAGUUGGGGCAUAAGUGGAGUCAAUGACAGAGUUUGUUUAACUGGAAUCAGUCACGUCAACUGGGGUAUUGCUGUUAUUAAUGAUAUGGUGCCUGAGGUAUUAUCAGGGUUUAGUUAUAUGGAGUCAGAGAUAUAAUUGUGCCUAGUGAUAGGGUUCAUUGGUAUUAAUGAUAUAGGUUCUGGGGUUUUACUACAGCAUUUUGUGGAGUCAGGUAUGACUUGAGAAUAGUGACUGGAUGCCUGGGAUGUUAAUAAUAUGGAUUCUGGAGAAUUACUGGAGGUUGGUUACGUGGUGUCAGGAGUAUUACUGGUAGUGCCAGAGAGCAUAGGAUAUUAUGGUGGAUUACAGACAUGGAGUCUGAAGUAUUACUAAUGAUUGUCGUUAUAAAAUAUGAGCUAUCAGAAAUAGAAUUUAAGUUGCAAGUUACAGUGAUAACAUUUCUCAUGUUUAAGUCAAAUGUAUUUAUCCAUCUCAAGUACCUGGAAAAACUAGAGAUGGAUGAACUGAAUGGGCUGUUUCCAGUUUUCAGCCAAGAUAUUCGUUGAUAGGCCAGGUGAUGUAAAAGUGACAAAGACAUAAAGUUAGUUGCACUAUUAACUUUUAAAAUCUCAACAAACCUGAGGUUUCUUUUAUAUUUUUAGCCUGGUUCAAUGUGACUUCUGCUUUGAAGCAAUUACCCCAUUUAUAAUAUUACAAUAUGUACACCAGUAUCUGAACAAUCACAGUGCAAUAUUAGGCUUAAUAAAAUGUGAGGCUGGAUGAACACAGCAGGCCAA